UACCACCUCCGCCUCUACCUGCAGUAGUCAUCUUCUCAUUAUUCUUUUCAUAUUAAAAGGUCCCUGAAAUGGCCACCGUCACUCCAAUCCCCCCAAACAUAGUUAAUAAAACAGGACCUCUUGUGCGAUUUAUACCUUUCCUUGAGGUGUAGUGCACUAAACAGAGAUCGGUUUAUAUAUAUAGCUCAUUGGCUAUCUUGUUAACUUUGGUUUGUUUGGUGUAUUGUCUAUACAGACAUAUUUGUACCGCCUAUCAUUUCCCAACGAUGCAAAAAAAUUGAAGGUUUUGGUUUAUGGUGUUUAUGUUGUUGAGAUGGUCCAAACAUUGAUGGUUGCCCAUGAUGCUAUGCAAACUUUUGGGUAUGGGUUUGGUGACUUGGACGCAGUGGAUAGUGUUCAAACUAUAUGGUUCCAUUCAGGUGUUCUCAGUGGCAUCAUUGCUUGUGUGAUUCAAAAUUACUUUGCAUACCGGAUAUACAUUCUAUCUCAUUCAAAGAUUAUUCCAGCAGUCGUGUCACUUUUGGCAUGGACUCAAUGUGUGGCAGCUAUUGCAAUGAGUGUAAUGGCUGAAACUAACGGCAGCACUUCAAAGGUGGCAAUUGAUAAGACCAUGCUUCCUAUUGCAGUUCUUUGGCUUGGUGGCAGCGCACUCUGUGAUAUCUUGAUUGCACUAACCAUGACCUAUAUGCUCUCUGGCUAUGAUGGUGGCUUUAGAAAAACUCAAGAUCGUAUAAAUCAAAUAAUAAGACUCACGAUGGAGACUGGGAGCUUGACAGCAACCUUUGCAACAGUUGAUCUCAUCCUCUUCACAGUAUCUCCCAGUGUGGUCUACCACAUUAGGAUUCGGAACUCUACUCUGCAGGGUCAGCAAGCAGAUCUGAGUUUUGUAUGCAACAACUUGGAACAUCAGAAUACAGACACAAGAAUGGAACAAGCCACUUCCGAUGAUGCUAUAGAGACUAUGCAUCAGAGUAUUUCUAUUGACAGGAUGGUGUACAAUAUCAAGCCCAGUGGCUCAUCUAAUGUAUAAGAUCAUGUAAAUUUCAUGAAAGCAACAGACUACAAGGAUAUCAUCAAUGACACA